CUGCUGCUCCUUUGAGGACUACAAACUGACCACUGAGUGGCUCCUGAACCACACCAGUCACCGUCCUAAGGUGGCAGUGAUCUGUGGAUCAGGACUCGGUCUGCUAGCUGACGGGGCCGCUAACAAAGAGACCUUCAGGUACCAGGACAUCCCCAACUUCCCCCUCAGCACAGUGGCGGGUCAUGAAGGCUGUCUGGUGUUUGGGACGAUUGAGGACACUUCCUGUGUCUUCAUGCAGGGUCACUUCCACCUGUACGAAGGUUAUUCUCUCUGUCAGGUGACGUUCCCAGUGAGGAUCUUUAAGCUCAUGGGGGUGGAGUCUGUGCUGGUGACGAACGCCUCCGGAGGAAUCUGUCCGGACUUCAAAGUCGGCGACAUCAUGAUCAUCAAAGACCACAUCAACCUGCCGGGGUUCGCCGGACAACAUCCGCUAUGUGGACCCAACGACGAGCGUUUUGGGAUCCGGUUCCCCUGUAUGUCCGAUGCGUACUCGAAGGAUCUCAGGCGACUCACGCUGGACGUGGUCAAUGAGCUCGGCUGCAGCGACUUCGUCAGAGAGGGAGUUUACUGCAUGGUGAGCGGACCCAACUUUGAAACCAUCGCCGAGGCCAGAAUGCUGCUGAUCCUGGGCUGCGACUCUGUGGGUAUGAGUACAGUCCCUGAAGUGACGGUGGCAAAGCACUGUGGACUCAGAGUUCUUGGUCUGUCCCUCAUCACCAACAUGGUGUCUCUGGACUACAGUCGGGAGGAGAAGGUGAACCACGAGGAGGUUCUUCAGAUCAGUAAAAUGAGGGCCGAGGUUCUGCAGAAACUGGUCACCAUGUUGAUCUCCCGCUGCCAGCAGCAGAGCAUCAACACCCACUGACACAAAAACACUGACACGUGAACACAGACACAACAACUCAGACACAAC